AUGUUUCAGGCUGGAUCAAGAUUUUUAAAAGGAAUCGGGCGCAUCGUUGAUGCGGUGAAUGAUGGAAGUUAUGGCCGAGUAAUCCAGCUCUAUCCCGAUGAAAGAUAUCAGACUAUACACGGCUUUGGAGGAGCAUCUACUGAUGCUGCUUGUAUGAAGUGGAAAUCACUUCCAAAAGGCGCUCAGGACAAAUUUAUAGAAUUUGUUAAGCUAUACGAAAAAGCUGGAGUUCCCAUAUGGGGAGUGACGACAUCAAAUGAACCAAUUAACGGUGCUUUCACGCAAGCUGAGUUUGGACCACAAGAUACUAUGGGAUGGUCUGUUGAUCAGAUGAAAAAUUGGUUGAAGAACAACUUUGGCCCAACGAUGCGCAACUGUAAUGGAAAGAAAAUAAAUAUCCUAGCUAUGGACGACCAGCGCUAUUUGCUGCCUGCAUGGAAUGUUGUGAUAGUAGGAGCAGACAAAGAAAUUUUGAACUACGUUGAUGGUUUCGCAAUACACUCCUACUUCGAUCCGUAUACGCCAGCGAGUAUUAUAGAUAUGAACAUGAAGAAUUUUCCAGAAAAAUUCGUUCUGGGAACUGAAUUUAGCACAUUGGGUUUCAAUAGCACACUAGGAGAUUGGGGCGAAGGAGAGGUGUAUGCCGUAACAAUUCUUGAAAAUCUAGUGACCAACUACGUAGGCUUUAUAGACUGGAACCUGGCUUUGGAUCCUGAUGGUGGGCCAAACUGGGCGAAAAACUUCGUCGAUGCACCAAUAAUCAUAAAUUCCACAAGUGGGGAGUUUUACAAGCAACCCAAAUUUUAUGUUUUAGGACAUUUCUCGAAACUUAUACCUCGCAGGUCUCAAAGAAUAAAAUCUGUCCGCCAGAGACCUAUUAAUUAUACGCCUGAUGAAAAGAACAUAUAUGAUUCGACUCCACCCAGAAAAUACAUCUACGACCAUGUAGCGUUUGUGACUAUCAGAAAUACAAUUGUCGUAGUCAUUGCAAAUAAGUAA